CAUUUCAAGUAGACAAUUAAUCCAUUAAUAAGUACAGACCUUUGGACCUCUCCCUAUAAACAAGCUUUGGAAUCGUUUCGUGCUUAGACAUAAGCCAUAAUAGUAUUACAAUUCCUAGCAGGCUUAAAGAACCCAUGGCACAUUUUGUUCCAUUGUUGAGCACAUUGCUUAUUUUCUCCAUCUACUAUCAAGGGAAUGCACUUAGUUCAAAUUACUAUGCAAAAACAUGCCCUCAAGCUGAAGACACAGUAAUGCAGAUUGUAAAGAAGGAAUCAAAGAAAGACAAAACGGUGCCCGCAACCCUUCUGAGGAUGCAUUUCCAUGAUUGUUUCCUACGGGGCUGUGAUGCUUCUAUUUUGUUGAGCUCCAAGGGGAAAAACACUGCAGAAAAGGAUGCUCCUCCUAAUGGUUCUAUGCAUGGAUUCUACGUCAUUGACGGCGCAAAGAGAGCAGUUGAAGCUAUAUGUCCUGGCGUUGUCUCUUGUGCUGAUAUUUUAGCGUUUGCUGCAAGAGAUGCAGUCGUGUUAUCAGGUGGGCCUUACUGGGAGGUACCAAAAGGAAGAAAAGAUGGGCGAAUAUCUAGAGCCACUGAAACAACACUGCUGCCCAAGCCUACAUUCAACAUUUCUCAGCUCCAACAAAGUUUCCAACAGAGAGGUCUUUCGGCCGAUGACUUGGUGGCUCUUUUAGGUGCACACACUCUAGGUUUUUCCCAUUGCUCAUCCUUUAUUAGCCGAAUAUACAACUUCAAUGCCACACAUGACAUUGAUCCUACACUACGUCGAUCGUUUGCAGCAAGCUUGAAGAGCAUAUGUCCACUCAAAAACAGGGCUAAGAAUGCAGGAAUAAGCAAUGAUCCUUCCCCAACAACUUUUGAUAAUACUCAUUACAGAAUAAUUCUCCAAAAGAAGAGUUUGUUCUCUUCAGAUCAUGCUUUGCUCACUACUCCAAAAACCAAGAACCUAGUUUAUAAGUUUGCUACCUCAAAAGCAGCUUUUCAUAAGGCUUUUACUAAUUCCAUGAUUAAGAUGAGUAGCCUUACAGGUGGUCAAGAAGUUAGAAAAGAUUGCAGGGUAGUAAACUGAUUGCUCCAUUGUUAAUUAAUUCUACUUUGCGGUUUGAUAUCUGUAUAAUUGUAAUGAGAUGAUCCAGGAAUAUGGGCUGUCUAUCACUUCCUAUAUUGUCUUAGUUUCAUUUUAUUUCAAUUGAUGUUUUAUA